AUGAAUGGCGGACUCGAGUCGCGUGAUAGGGGAACUCGCGCCGCAGGCCUUGCCGCAGCACCAACGCCGCCAGUGCUUCGGGAGGCAUCAGAAAUUGCCGUAGCGGCAAUCGCGGCGGCGAAGGCGGUGCAGAGACGAACGCUGGAGUGCGCGAUCGACGCCGUUGAUGCGCUCACCGCCUGGUGCGGCGGAGCGAGCGGCGGGGGAAUUAGCGGAGGCGGAGCGGCUGGGGGAAGCGGGGCAGGGACAAUGGGCGGGGCGCUGAUGCGGCGCGGAAGGGGGGCCGGGGGCGGAGGCGCAAGCGGGUUGUGGGGAGGCGGAGACCCGCUAAAGGGGAGUCGGAAGAUUCUCCGCAGUCUCGCCUUUUCUUCCCCCUCGCUUUCCCCCGAUCCCCCCAUUUCCCCCUCCUUCCCCUUCCCGCCAUCCCCCUCGUCCCCUCGCCUCUCGCUCGUACUCGUCCCUCUGCCUGUACCGCAUUUCACCUGCCUCUACCGCAUUCCACCUGUCCCCCCCCCCCCCCCUUGGCGCCACCAGAACACGUCACACAUGAGGGACUUUAAGAAGGAUGACGUGGCGCCUUUUGUUACAAGAAUUCUAAAAAACCAGCUACAAUCAACCUCAAUAUCACACCUGCUAUCCGCCUGCCCGCCUAACGCCCUCCUCUCUUCCCCUCCCCUCUCUCCCUCCACUCCCCCCCUUCGCUUUCGCCCUCCCCUCUCCCCCUUCCCUCUCUCCCCAUUUUCCCCUCUUCCCCUCUUGUCUUCCCCACAUCCCCCACCCCGCGUCCCCGCUUCCGCCAGCCUGGCGAGCAGCGAGGCGCAGCUGGCGCAGCAGGUGCGCGCGCAGGCGGGCGCGGUGUCGGAGCUGGCGGAGCGCGCGCAGCAGCAGGUGCAGCUGCUCGGCGCGCUGCUGAAGCGCACGGAGGCGCUCGAGGGCGCGCUGGGGCGCCUGGCGGACGGGCGCGAGCGGGAGGUGGUGGCGCGGGAGAUUGGCGCGCUGGGGGGCGGGGGAGGGGGCGGGGGAGGGGGAGCGGGAGGGGGAGGGGGAGGCGGAGGCGGAGGGGGAGUGGGAGAGGGAGGGGGUGGGGGAGGGGGAGCAGGGGAAGGUGAGAGAAGGCAAUUGGUGGUGGAGGCCGGGGAGAUAGCGGCGCAAGCAGGGAAGAUGGGGCGGCAGGCAGGCCGACAGGCGUGCAGAGCAUGGGGUGCAAGCAUGACUCCUCCCUACUGCUCCGUUAUAAGCUUGCUGCACAAUCGUCCCCCCCUCCGCACCCACCUCCCCCCUCUCUCUGUCCUCCUUUUCACUCAUCUCUACCAUUUCCACCCACUCCCCCCCCUCCCUCUCCCCCUUUCCAUCCAUCUAACCCCAUUUCCCCCCAAUUUCCCCUACCUCCUCCCAUCUCCCCCUGUGGGACCCCCUCGCACCCCGCAGUUACGGCUGCAGCGGGCGAUCAUAGAUGGGCUUAAGGCGCGCGUGCAGCAGCUGCAACAGGACGUUGCUGCUGCCCGUGCUGCCCCCGUCACCACUGCUGCCACCGCCCAACUUCCCCUUAUCUCCCCUCUCUCUCCUUUCCCUUUCGCCCAUCUCUUGCAGGAGGAGGUUGCUUCUGCCCGUGCCACCGGCACCACCACUGCCAUGCACAACCCCCUUUUUCCCCCUAUCCCCCCUCUCUCUCCCCCUCUCUUUUGCUCCCCGCAGUUACGGCUGCAGCGGGCGAUCAUAGAUGGGCUCAAGGCGCGCGUGCAGCAGCUGCAACAGGAGGUUGCUGCUGCCCACGCUUCCCAUGCCAGCACCGCCUCUACUGCCACUGUUUCCACUGCUUCCCGCACCACUAGUGCUGCUACUGAGGGUAGAGCAGCGGGGACAAGGGGGGAGCAGCAGCAGCAGCAGCAGCAGAAGCAGCAGGAAGGGGAGGAGCAUGGGAAGGGGGAAGCGGAGGGGCAGGGGGAGGGGGAAGGGAAGGAGCAGGAGCAGGAGGGUCGUGGGGAGGAGGAGUCACAGCGGCAGCAGCAGGAGGAAGGGGGGCAGGGACACCAGGAGGGGGGACAAGGGCAGCAGGAGCAGGAUGGAGGUGCGGGAGGGGAGGAGCAGAGAGGGGUAAAGGAGGAGGGAGGCAUGGUUAGAGAGGCCCGGGGUGAAGACUUGGAGCUGAUUGGACGAGACGAAGAAUACACACCAUUCCGAGAGUACUCUACACCAUCAGGCUACAAGUUUGUUCGCUUCAGUGCACAUCGCAUCUCCCCAACAGCCUUUGCAGCAGUGGGCGUGGCCCCUCUGUCUGCACGCCACCUCUCCCAGCCCCUCUCCCACUGCGUCUGGCUGCCCCCAGAUGGUUCCCCCCUCGCCCCAGUGAGGGGAGCCGUCUCAACGGUAUUCCCCUCACACCCCCCGGAGGCCCCCAUGGAAACAGUGGUGCUGCGCUGCUCCUUUGCCCCACCUGCUGCGCCUGGGGAGGGGGAGAAGCAACGGGGGGAGGGGGAGGGGGCGCUGCCGUUGGGGGGCAGGGUGGCAGCGGUUAUGGCGGGAGGCAUGACUGUUCCCCUCAUCAGGGAGCAACACCUCUUCGACAAAUCACCACCCACCACCACCACCACCUUUCCGCCGCCCUUCCCAUCCCACCUCACCCUCUGUCUCCCCCCGCUCCACGGCCCGUCCAUCUCCCCGCGCGCCCUCCUCGAGUUCCUCUCAUACCACCGCCUCAUCGGCAUCACCUCCUUCCUGCUCUACAACGCGGGGGGCGCCACCGACCCCGUGCGGGCCGUGAUCCACGCCCAGGCAGAGCAAGGCAGGGUGGAGACAGGCCAAGGCACGGCCCAGGCAGGGCAAGGCAGGGCGGAGCUGGUGGAGAUGGCAGGGCUGUUGGAGCGGGAGCAGCUGUGGAACCACGGGCAGGUGCCGGCGCUGCACGACUGCUUGUAUCGGUCCCGCAUGGCGGCGCGCUGGGUGCUCUAUCUUGACUUGGAUGACUACCUCUGGCUGCCGCCUGUUACUGAGCCCCGGCCGCUCCCGCCCUUGCACAUACUGUUAGAGACCUAUGAUGCUGGUAACUCGAUCGAAGUGCUUGGCUUGCCCGACCCCAGCGCACCCGGCAUGGCAGCAGGGGGAGACACGGCGACAGCAGGAGGGGUGGACGCAGGGGGGGGGCGGUUGUGGAGAGGCGGGGUGGUGCGGGAUAAGAAGGUACCCAAGGAGUCGCAGUGGGGGGGGGAGAGGGAGGGCGAGAUGCAGGUGGAGCGGUUUGUGUUCCACUGGCCGGAGCCGGCAUGCCAUGACAAUGAGAAGGACGGCGAGAGGAUUUUCGACCCGUCUCUGUGCCCGGGGGAGCAGGGCCACCGGAAAUUUAUUGUUGACCCGCGAAGAGUGGACAGCAUGGGAGUGUUUGGCCCGAUCCCCUCCCACCCCACCUACCCACGCAUGGCACACCUCAGCACGAGUGACCUGCAGCUGCUGCACUACAGGGAGCUGGGUUCGGGCACACAGCAGGGCGUGGACAGCAUGGGAGUGUUUGGCCCGAUCCCCUCCCACCCCACGUAUUCACGCAUGGCACACGUCAGCACGAGCGACCUGCAGCUGCUGCACUACAGGGAGCUGGGGUCGGGCACGGCGCAGGGCGUGUGUGACGAGCCCACUCCCCGCUGGCGCACCGUGGGGUGGUGGCACACCGAUGCUUCCUAUGCGCGCUCCAUUGCUGCCUUGAGACAACGAGCGCAAUGCAACUUCACCAGUGGAGGGGUGAGUUGGGCUUGA